CUGACAAGUCCUUCGCUCGCCUUACUCUUCCACUGCACCGUCACUGAGACUGUCAUCUUCCCCUCCUGGGGCACUCAGCAUCGCUUCACGCAACAGCCAGGUCGUCUCGAUUCUACCGGCGCCCUUGUCGGCCUCGCUUUUGCCCUUCCGCGCGCAGACUCGGUCCACUCCCCUCCGUUAGCGGAGACGAAUCUGAACAGAUACAAUGUCCACAACAACAGGAGCAUUCAUCGCAGGAGGUGUUGCAGCAUGCGGAGCAGUGACGGUCACUCAUAGCUUUGAGACGGUGAAGAUUCGUCUGCAACUACAGGGUGAACUGCAGGCCAAGCAGGACGCUGCCAAGAAAUACCGGGGUGUCUUGCACGGUGUGAAGGUUAUUCUACAAAAUGAGGGUCCCCGCGGUCUUUUCCGGGGAAUAGGCUCGGCUUACAUCUACCAAGUCCUGCUCAACGGUUGCCGUCUGGGUUUCUACGAACCGCUGCGCAAGGGUCUGGCAACCACGAUAUACCAGGAUGCUCAAGUUCAGUCUCUGGGUGUGAAUGUCGUCGCCGGUGCUGCGUCUGGUAUCAUCGGAGCUGCUGCGGGUUCGCCCUUUUUCCUGGUCAAGACUCGCCUGCAAUCGUUCUCCCCGUUCCUGCCCGUCGGCACCCAGCACAACUAUAAGAACUCGUUUGAUGGUCUGCGGAAGAUCCACUCGACGGAGGGAGUUUCUGGCUUAUACCGUGGAGUUGGCGCGGCGAUGGUACGAACUGGCUUUGGUAGUUCCGUUCAGCUGCCGACCUAUUUCUUCGCCAAGCGCCGCCUGAUGAAGCACCUGGGCAUGGAAGAUGGUCCAGGUCUGCACCUGGCCAGUAGCACGGCAUCUGGCUUUGUCGUCUGCUGUGUUAUGCACCCGCCUGACACCAUUAUGUCUAGAAUGUACAACCAAACGGGCAACCUCUACAAGGGCGUGUUCGAUUGCUUGUUCAAGACCAUCAAGACGGAGGGUGUGUUGGCGAUUUACAAGGGAUACUUUGCCCAUCUUGCGCGCAUUCUGCCUCACACGAUCUUGACCCUCAGUUUGGCGGAGCAGACCAACAAAGUCAUGCGCAGACUGGAGGAUCGGUUCCUGUCUGACUCGUUGAAGGAAAACUUGUAGUCACCGUAGUAUAAUAGCGACAUUGGCAUACCCCCCCCCUGAAACUUUGCGACACUUAUAGAGACGUUUCGGGACAUGGUUUUUGGUUCCGCAUUGUUGAGCAGCAGCAGCGUGGCCAGCAUCGCGUGACGUGUAUGUAUAUAGGGCGUUCUGUCUUGGGUCGUCAUGCUGUGCUCUUAGAUUUUGGAGAUACAUUUGGAUAAAUAG